AUGCGCAACUUCGGCAGGGGACUGCUCCUCGUAGGCGCCAGCCUGUUCGUUGGAGCCGCGUAUUCCGUCAUCCAAGCACGCCACACGCUUCGCCACUCUGGCGGCCAUCUGGACGAUUUCGCGCUGCCUGCGAAAGUUGUCCUCCUCGUGCUCCUCGCAGCAGCCAUGUGCAUGGUCGGUGGCCUCAAGUGCACAGGCGGCUUCAGACCCAUCCACGUUUCCGAAGGAAAGACCCCGUAA